AUGUCCCAGGGCAACAAACUUGACCCUAUCUUGGAAGGAGCAGAGCCAUCGCAGGAGGGAGGAGGGGUCCAAGGCCCUUCCUACCAUGCAGCAGAGCAGCUCCGACCAUCUCUGCACCAUGACAAAGAGAGGAGCAUAGUCUCUGUCGGCUCGGGUGUUGGGCCUUGUCCAGAGAUCAUCAACGUGGCAGAUCGAGAGGACGCAGAAGCUCCGACUGCUCAUGUCCCUGGACAACGCGGCGACAUCUCUAGCACCCUGGCAUCGAUCGAGGAGAUGCUGCGGCAGGAGAAGCAGUUCCUUGAGUCCAGCAAGGAGCAUGACUUGUAUCACUUCAUCUUCGAGGGGAUCGAGACGCUAGACCUGAAGCCACCUCCUCCUCCUCCUCCCGAAGUGCCGGCAAAGAGUGACAAUGUGAAACAUCGAACUUGCGCUCUGCGUAACUCACGACAUUCUUCAGCCCUCGAGCACGUUUUGGGAGAAACGAUGUCAGGACUUUCCAGCUUGUUCCAGAGACAUCGCGACUUAGCUGUUCUGCGAAAGAUUUUGGGAUGCUGGAAGCGGAGGAUUGUCGACAAGUUGCAGGAGGAGAGGAAAGUUUCAAGGCACCUCGCAAGAAGACGCGAACAGCAGAGAUUGUUGGAGCAUUUCUUCCAUCUAUGGAGGUCAGACUGUUCUAGAACGGUUGAAGGGAAGCAGAUCCAGGAGCUGCAGGAGCUGCAGGAGUACCUGAAAUAUCUCAGAGUGGAAGCAAGGCUGAAGACCCAGGAACUUGAGAUGUGUCAAACCCUCCUCUCCCAGACUUUCUGCUUCGCACAAGUUCCAAAGUUCUGCAGAUCCUGUUACGAACAUCGUUGUUCACGCGCUUCACAUGAGAUCGUUCAGAAGAUUUCAGACAAGCUGAAAAUCCGCAACCCAACAAGAGUCUUCUUCGCCGCAUGGCGAUGCUUCACACACAAGCGAAUGUACAUACGAGAGAAGACAAGAAAGUUUGAGGCAGCGCGAGGGGGCUCCAGCCUGAGGAGAGCAUGGAGAGAGUGGAACCAACAAGCGAAUGAGAAAGCAGAGCUCACUAAGGGCAUCCUCAAUCACCUCCUCAGAUGGACCCCGAGGCAUCGCCGAGACAGCGUUCGAGGCGCCUUCUCUGUCUGGGCCUGGGCCUGCAGCGUCGCCGCCAUGAAGUCAGCCCAGACGAGCAUGCAGGAGCAACAGAGGCCGCGGAGCCUGGUGGACGAGAGCCUGACAACUUUAGUCGCCUUCCACAAGAGCGAGCCGGAGCCUCCUGCAAGCUCAUCCAGACAGCCAGACGAUUCAGAGGGACGGGCUGGAGAGGGCGAAGGACGAGACCGGAGGAGAGCUCGAGCUGGGGGGAGCAACACCUUCGUCGCUCUGUCAUCCCACAAGGGACCGUUGACUUCCCUCACAGGAUCAGAAGGAUGCGAUGAGAUAGGCAGAGGUUCGAGGAUAUGGGAGUCGGGGGAGCAACAGCUGGCAGAGGAGGCGCGAAGGGAGGAUCCUUCAGCUCGCCUGCUCUCCUACUACCUGAGAGAGAGGGAUCUCAGAUCCACCAGGAUGGAGCUUUGA